AUGACGGGAGGCAAGAGUGAUAAGAGUUUCUGCUGGCUCUGUUUCCCACAACUCAACAGUUCCUGCAGGAAGCCGACACUUCACUGGUCCAAAGCUGUGCUCCUGAACAUUGUGCUGUCCUUCAUCUCUCUGAUCACUGCUGCUCUCAACCUGCUGGUCAUCAUCUCAGUCUCCCACUUCAGGCAGCUCCACACACCCACUAACAUCCUCCUCCUCUCUCUGGCUGUCUCAGACUUUCUCGUGGGUCUCCUGCUGAUGCCGUUAGAAAUCAUUAGAAACACAGCCUGCUGGGUUCUUGGUGAUCUCAUGUGUUCUGUUUAUGUUUAUCUGAUGGUCAACAUUACCUGUGCUUCAAUAGGUAAUAUAGUUCUAAUAUCAGCUGACCAUUAUGUGGCUAUUUGUGACCCUCUGCAUUACUCCACCAGAAUCACUGUGGGGAGAGUCAAACUCAGUGUUUGUCUGUGUUGGUGUUGUGCUAUCGUCUACUGCAGUUUUUAUACAAAAGACAUAAUGACUGAACCAGGCAGGUAUAAUUCCUGCUAUGGAGAAUGUCUGUUUAUCAUCAGCAAUAUUGUCGGUAUAAUUGACCUUGUUUUAUAUUUUAUUGUUCCAGUUUCUGUCAUCAUAGUUCUGUAUAUGAGAGUGUUUGUGGUGGCUGUGUCUCAGGCUCGUGCCAUGCGCUCUCAUGUUACAGCUGUCACACUUCAGCGUUCACUGAAUCAAACAAACAGAUCUGAGCUGAAAGCAGCCAGGACUCUUGGGGUUCUUGUAGUUGUGUUUCUCGCAAGUUACUGUCCAUAUUACUGCUACUCUCUUGUUGAAGAAAACAUUAUGAAUGAUCCAUCUGCAUCUACUGUGAUCAUUGUCUUUUAUUUUAACUCUUGUCUAAACCCUUUAAUCUAUGCCUUAUUUUACCCCUGGUUUAGAAAUGCUGUUAAACUUAUCAUCACUCUGCAGAUCUUCAAACAUGAUAUCAGGACUCCAGUUUACUCCCACAGUGGGGUUAAGGUGGGCCUAAUGCAGCAGAUAGAUGAUGGCAUCCACUAUUCCAAUCCAGGCAUGGUUGACAAACUGGGAUCCAGCCAAGGGUCCACCAGGAAAUACAGAUACUUCAUGACAUGUGAAGACAGAGCAACUGGCCUGUAG